AUGUCUACGUGGAGCAGAUGGAGGUCUGCCGUCGCAGCCCUCUUUUUGGUUUUGGUGCCCAGCGCCGACUGUUCGUGGGGAGUGACGAUCGACGUCGCCGGAAGGCAACGGAUGCUGACCCAGCGGAUGUCAAAGGAGUUCCUCUUGGUUUCACUAGGCCUGGAUCCCGAAGGGAACAAGGCCAGAAUGAUGGGUAGCAUCAACUUGUUCAACGUCUCCUUGAACGCACUCAUCAACGGCAAUCCGGACCUCAACAUCUUCGGCGCCCAGUCAGAUCUUGUUCGCACCGCCUUCCAAGGUGUCGUGGACUUGUGGGGGCCAUUUGCCCAGCUGCUCAUUGACAAUGUCGAUGGAGUCCGCGACGGCUUUGGCAACGUGGACGUGGCUGUGCUAGACGCGGUUGCGGCGGGGAACGUCCCGCUGCUGGUGCAGUCGAACGUGUGCGUCGGCAGGUUGGUAGAUGCCGCGAAGAGUGCCGGCACCCAGACGAACGGGCUUGUCGUCGACACUGCCGGGCGUCAGCGGAUGCUUAUCCAACGGAUGUGCAAGGAGUCCUUCCUCAUCGCCUCAGGCGUGAGCGUCUCCACCAACGUCGGGCUCCUCAAGAGCAACGAGAAUCUUUUCGCCACGUCCCACGAGGGCAUCAUUCUCGGCGCGCGCUGGGCAGGCGUGAGUACCCUCAACAAGAUGUGCACCCUCCAUCAGAUGAGGGAGGUCUCAUACAACUUCGGCCUCUUUCGCCCGCUCAUCAACCAGAUUUUGAACGCGCAGUCUGUUGCCGAGGCGCUGCAAGUGGCGCUCGAGCUCUCGCCGCAGAUCGCCGAGAGGAGCGGCCCUCUCUUCGGAGCGAUGGUGGCGGCUGUGUCGCUGUACGUGAAUGACCCAGGAGAGUGUGAUCCAUCGGCCACAAUGACGGAGGAGUCAUGGAGCCUGCUGCUGGUGAACAUGGGAAAUGCCAUCACUUUGGCACAGUUUGCGGUCGCCAACUUCUUGCAAAUUUCCAACGCUGUCAGUGUCCAAGCGAGCACGGUCGGCCUCAUUGUGGAGCUGAACACCGUGUCGACGACUAUGGCCAAUCUCAUCCAGGGCAACAAAGCCGAGAACAUCGAAGCGCCCCCCACGCAAGAGCUGGUGGACCUUCUCCUCGCUGCCAACUCCCUGUGGGGGGAGCUCGAGGGGGAGCUGAACCAGGCCGUGGGCGCGACGUCUGCGAUUUCCUUGGUCGCGGUCACCAAGGUUGCCCAAGCGUCCGAGGGCCUUCGCAACACGCUGACAAACGUCAAAGACAAGAUGAUGUCCUCCGUGCUGCAGCUCUUUCCGGAAUUUGGUGCCUUUACCGUGCAGGUUGCAGGUGAGCAGUCAACCAUGAUCGCCCAGAUUGUCACCUUUGUCAACCUGGUCUUCGCGGGCUCGUCUGCGGACAGCAACCGCAUCAUGUACAACACCACGCGAGAUGCAUUCUUGGCAGGCCACGUCGACAUUCUUGAGGGCAAGCCAGCCGCCGACGGUGGCUUGCGCUUUUGA